UCUCUCUCCCUCUCCCACCUCUUUCUCCACAGGUACAUCUACGUCUGUCACGCUCCAAUGGCACGCACUUGGUGCACAAUGCCGCGCGUCAAGCGUUCUACAAUCUAUAUCGCCAUUGUCGCCUUCCUGCAUCAGUUUUCACGCUUCUUUGAUCGCACCUAUAUAGCGCUAGAAAUCGAAUGGAAUGGACAAAAAACGGAGGUGUGUCGUGUGGCAACAUCAAGAUGGGUAACCGUUUAUAUCGGCGAAGAUCUCUACUUCUCCAUGUUCUUCCUUUUUCGAGUGAUUUUCGUCCAUAUGAUACCGUGCAUUCUACUCGUUACGCUGAAUGUUCUACUCUAUCGAGCAAUGAAGCAGGCACAAGAACGACGCAAAGCGCUCUUCCGUGACAAUUACAAAACAGAGAGUCGAAAAGUACGUGACAGCAAUUGCACCACUUACAUGUUAAUUACAGUCGUAUCUGUCUUCCUUGCCGUUGAAAUACCCAUUGCUGUGGUGACAUCGCUGCAUAUUGCCUCCUCAUUAAUGGGCGAAUUUCUCAACUAUCGCAUGGCCAACAUAUCCAUAAUGUUCACGAACUUCUUCUUGGUUGUCAGCUAUCCGAUCAAUUUCGGCAUAUACUGUGGCAUGUCAAGGCAAUUUCGUGAAACAUUCAAAGAUAUAUUCUUUCCAAGUUUUCUAACCAAAAAGGAUACCUCAUCCAAGUAUUCAAUUGUUAAUGGACCACGUUCAUGCACCAACACCAACGAGACUGUCCUCUAGUAAAUGGUGAUGUGGGUGCCGUUUCGUGGCGGUGGUGCACGCGCUGCUGCUGGCAAUAAAAAAUGGCGAAACGGUGCUAUGGCAACAAAAGUGACGCGACAACCGCGUGCAAAAAGCGAAUAUAAAACGAAUGUUGAUAUUAUUGAGGAAGAGUCGGUGGUGGUGGUGGCUGCCGUGGAUGAGGGCAAGAAUGAAGUGAGAAUGCUGAAUGGAGAGAGGGAAAGUGGUAAAGUUUUAGUUUAAGUAAAGUAAGAGGUACUAAAGUGCAUACAGUUAUUUAGAGUGCAUUUAUUUUUACAUAGAUCCAGAUGUAUAGAUAGGAAUAUGGUGGCAUGGUAUCUAUUGAGUGUGAAAGAAAUCUUUGUGUACAGUUUUCUUGUGAUUGCUUUAAGUAAAACAAAAAAAAACAAGCUAUGUAGCAAAUAAUGAAGUUGGUGUUUAGUCUACAUACAUACAUAUGUAAGUGCAAAGUUUCCAAUAAGCGAAGUAGUGUUAAUGCAGCGUUGUUCGUCUCUGUUUUUGCUAUUAAACAACUAAUUACUCAUACGCCGUGUACAGCUUGAUGAUUGUAUG